UAUCCAAAUAAUUCAUUCAUACAUAAUAAAGAAAUAACCAAUUAAUAAAAUCAUUGUUUUCAUAGUCUAACCACUAAACACAUUUUCAUAUUAGGAGUUAAAUUAAAUAUAUUUCAGCUUUUGGACAAAAAAAAAUAUUUUAUAGCACGUGGUAUAACACUCUUAUAUUGCCUAGAGAUCAUGAAUUCAAUACUUAAUUUACGUUGUUAAGCAAUCAUCCUAUGUGGUAUAUCCGAAAGGUUUUACGUUGCUAAGAGAAUCGUCAUUUUGCAUAGGAUUAAAACCAGUAUCCUCUUUUAUUUCCGGGCUUGACGAGCUGGCCCCUGGGACACACACUUUCUUCCACUCUGCCAUCUCAAGUAACUCGUAAGUGGCGAGAGAGAGCAAUUAGCAAUGGCGCCAAAGUCCGAACUUCCAUUCUCAUCGCGAACCACCCAAAGGAAAGCCGUUCCUGCAUCUAACUUCUUCCUCCUCCAUGCCUAUAUUAAGGAUUGGAGCCUCCAACUCUUACUAAGAAAGAAACCCAAACACACUUGUUGAGUGGACGUUGUUGUCGUCGUUGUGCUUCUUCGAUUCCAUCUUCGGCCACAAGUUUGGGUUUAAAGGAUGCAAGCCGCUGGCGGCCAUGGCGGUGGUGAAAGGACUCCUCUGUUAUCUCGCGGAGAGGGACGAAAGAGGAAUGAUCCUGAGGGGAACGAUCGAUUGUCAGACCUGGAGCAUGGAGAUGCUGUACAGGCCGCAAAUGUCAGCUUCGGGCGUGUUCUUGCACUUGUAAAACCUGAUGCAGGGAAGAUGAUUCUUGCUACAAUAGCUCUCCUAAUUGCCGCCACAUCAGGCAUUCUCAUUCCCAAGUAUGGUGGCAAGAUAAUAGACAUCGUUUCAGGAGAUUUGGACACACCUCAAGAGCAGAACGAAGCUCUAAAUGCUGUGAACAAUACCAUACUAGAAAUCUUUGUGAUUGUUGUUGUAGGCUCUGUCUGCACAGCUCUUCGGGCAUGGUUGUUUUCUUCUACUAGUGAACGGGUGGUUGCACGUUUGAGAAAGAGCUUAUUCAGUCACCUUAUUAACCAGGAAAUAGCCUUCUUUGAUGUUACUAGAACUGGGGAACUACUGAGCCGCUUAUCCGAAGAUACACAAAUCAUAAAGAAUGCUGCAACUGCUAGUCUUAGUGAGGCACUGAGGAACGUGUCGACUGCAGUUAUUGGUCUUUUCUUUAUGUUCUCAACAUCCUGGAAAUUAACCUUGUUGGCUUUGGUUGUUGUACCUGUUAUUUCUAUGGCGGUAAGAAAAUUCGGCAGUUUCCUGCGUGAACUUUCUCACAAGACUCAAGCUGCAGCGGCAGCUGCUGCUUCAAUUGUUGAGGAAUCUUUUGGUGCCAUAAGGACUGUUAGAUCAUUUGCACAAGAAGCUUACGAGGAGUCACGUUACUGUGAGAAAGUUGACGUGACACUGAACCUUGGACUUAAACAAGCUAAAGUUGUUGGGCUCUUCAGUGGAGGGAUGAAUGCAGCAGAAACACUAUCAGUUAUUGUUGUGGUGAUAUAUGGAGCUAAUUUAACUAUCAAAGGCUAUAUGACUGCUGGUGCUCUUACCUCAUUCCUUCUAUACAGCUUGACAGUUGGAUAUUCUAUAUCAGGAUUAUCAAGUUUGUACACAGUGGCAAUGAAAGCGGCUGGUUCGAGUAGGAGGGUUUUCCAGCUUCUGGAUCGGACCUCAACCAUGCCAAAAUCAGGAGACAAAUGUCCUUUAGGUGAUCAAGUUGGUGAAGUGGAGUUAAAUGAUGUCUGGUUUGCAUAUCCAUCCCGUCCUAGCGAUAUGGUACUCAAGGGAAUAUCAUUGAAACUUCAGCCUGGCUCAAAAGUUGCUCUUGUGGGACCUAGUGGCGGAGGGAAAACCACGAUAGCAAACUUGAUCGAAAGCUACUUUGUGCUUGAAGUUCGAUUACUUCUGAACUUUCUCAAGUAUAAACAAACUUCUUUAUUGCUGGUACAGAUCAGUAUAGUGAGCCAAGAGCCUGUUCUUUUCAAUUGUUCAAUAGAGGAAAACAUAGCCUAUGGCUGUGACGGAAACAUAAGCAGCUCGGAAAUAGAAAAUGCAGCUAAAAUGGCCAAUGCACAUGAGUUUGUGUCGAACUUCCCCGACAAGUACAAAACUCAUGCAGGAGAGCGUGGGAUAAGGCUGUCUGGAGGCCAGAAACAAAGAAUAGCAAUUGCCAGAGCCCUACUUAUGAACCCCAGGAUUCUUCUCCUCGAUGAAGCCACAAGUGCUCUGGAUGCUGAGAGUGAAUACCUAGUCCAGGAUGCAAUGGAUUCUCUGAUGACGGGAAGAACCGUCCUAGUAAUAGCUCACAGGCUAUCAACAUUCCAAAGUGCCGACACUGUUGCAGUAGUUUCUGGUGGACAGAUCGUUGAGAGUGGCGGACAUGAAGAGCUACUCAGCAAGAAUGGAGUCUGCAGCCUAGUAUCCAUAUCAAAGUAGUUGCUGUUUUUUUUUUUUUAUAUAUAUAGGGUCGCCAUUACUUGGCCACCUUUUUCUUCAUCCCCAGAGGGUUGACUUGUGCUGGCAUGUCUGCUUGCCUCCUGCUGCACCUCUUCUGUUAUAUUUACCAAGACCUCUCAGUUUGUACGAUCUCAUAGCAAUAGUAACUGGUUAAGUAGUGUCUUAUAUGUUGAAUGCAAAAGAAAAAAAUGGUGUUUCUGUUUUCAUGCUGAAUUGGCAAUCUCUCCAAGCUUAAAUAAAACACUUUUGAGAGCAGGUACAUAUCUAGAGAGUGCAAUAGGAGAGUCGUCAAUGGCGAAAUCCAUUAAUUAACGCAGUAAGCAGCU